AUGACUGCUAGGCUGCAUGUCAAGAUUGUGGGCUGUCUUGUGGUGGACCAUGGUUCGCCUGCGAUCGACCUGGCGGAUGGGUCUUUGGUCUCUUCUUCGGACCUGACUUGCAACAAGAUGGUUCUUCAUCAGUAUGAUUACAUCUUUGCCAUUGGCACUAUUUUCGCGUUCCUCGACGCAUGGAACAUUGGUGCCAAUGAUGUCGCCAACUCCUGGGCCACCUCGGUCUCGUCGCGGUCCAUCUCCUACAUCCAGGCCAUGUCCUUGGGUUCCGUCCUGGAGCUGGCUGGUUCGAUUGGUGUCGGCGCCCGCGUUGCUGAUACCAUUCGCACCAAGAUUGUCGACAUCGAUAUGUUCGAGAAUGACCCCGCCCUCCUCAUGCUCGGCAUGUGCUGCGCUGUUGUCGCUUCCUCCAUCUACCUCACCUUUUGCACCAAGAUCGGUCUUCCCGUCUCCACAACUCACUCCAUCAUGGGAGGCGUCAUCGGCAUGGGUAUCGCUCUCAUCGGCUCCGAGAAUGUCCACUGGGUCUCAUCGAGUGGCAGCAUCGACUCGGGCGUCGUCUCCGUCUUCCUCGCGUGGAUCAUCGCGCCUGGUAUUGCCGGGUGCUUUGGCGCAAUCAUCUUCAGCAUCACCAAAUACGGCGUCAUGCUGCGGAAGAACCCUGCCCUCAAGGGUCUCAUGCUCACACCGGUCUACUUCGGCAUUACCGCCUCGCUACUGACCAUGUUGAUCGUGUGGAAGGGCGGCUCCAUCAAGAUUGCAUUCACCGACGCGGAUACUGCCGGUAUGAUCGUCGGUGUUGGUGCCGCUUGGGGCCUGGUCAUCACCAUUUUCCUCGUUCCCUGGCUUUACCGUAUCGUCAUCAAGGAUGAUUGGCAACUUCGUUGGUACCAUAUCCCCAUGGGGCCCCUUCUCCUGCGCCGCCCUGAGCCUCCCGUGCAGCCUGAGGGCGUGUCUGGUGGUAUUCGUGACUUCUACUCUGGCCAUCUCACCAAAGAGGAGCUCGAUGCCGCUCGAGGUGGCAUCGUGCACACCCACAGCAACGAUGUCGAGUCCGGCUCCGCCGAGGGUGAGAAGAAGGUCGUCCAGGAUAACACCGACGCCGAGGCCCAGCCGCAUGCCCGUCGCAACGAUUAUGUUCACAAGCCGAUCGUCGGCCCCCGUCCGGAGGGUGCCUGGUACAACGGCGCCGUUCUUUUCUGGAUGCUAAAGAAGGUCUUCCUGUCCGGCGUCGAUCAGGACAUCAUCAACAUGCAGAAGAAGGAGAGCGUGCUGACUGGGGAUCUCGAGGAGAUGCACGCGCGUGUGCAGCACUACGACAACAAGGCCGAGUUCCUGUACUCCUUCAUGCAAGUCAUGACCGCCUGUACUGCCUCUUUCACCCACGGUGCGAACGACGUCGCCAACGCCAUCGGCCCGUAUGCUACGAUUUACCAGAUCUGGAACACCGGUGCGAUCUCCGGAAGUAAGUCCGAGGUUCCCAUCUGGAUUCUCGUGUUUGGCGGUGUCGCCAUUGCUCUCGGUAUCUGGACAUACGGAUACAACAUCAUGCGUAAUCUUGGUAACCGUCUCACGCUCCACUCUCCCGCCCGUGGUUUCUCGAUGGAAUUGGGCGCUGCUUGCACCAUUAUCUUGGCCACUCGUCUUAAGCUCCCCGUCUCUACUACCCAAUGCAUCACCGGCGCUACCGUUGGUGUAGGUCUCUGCUCUGGCACAUGGCGCUCCAUCAACUGGCGCAUGGUUGCCUGGAUCUACAUGGGCUGGAUUAUCACUCUCCCCACCGCGGGCAUCAUUUCCGGCUGCUUGACCGGUCUGAUCGUCAACGCGCCCCGCUGGGGCAUGGCCAACUAA